AUGUACCGACCCGGGAAGCAUCGUCCCGCGGUCGAGCCGUUCAAGCCUCGCCACCAUAAGCCGCGCACGACCGCGCGCGCGAACCGGGAAGCAUCGCCUCGCGGCCGUGCGCACAACUCACAUCCCACGGCCGAUCACCGUCCGACCAGGAAGGCACGUCCCCACGUCCGGCCAAAACCUUCGGCCAAACCAUCCGCCCGGACCCGACGGCCGAACGAAGAAUCUCUCGGCCACGAUCGACCCAACCGUGCCGAUAGCCGACCACGACCCGAUAGCCCGAACGGUCCGGUCGACCCGAAGCCGUUUUGA